CCUCGUCGCCCAGCAUGGCCCCUGUAAGCUCCCCGCUACCGCCUGCCGCCCGCUCGCUCGCACAACCAACGUCUAAAACUUGUCGGCUCACGACUCGACUUGGACCCAACACGCUGACACGGGCAUCGUAACAGUCUCAGACGGACGGCGAGAAGGAUGGAGUGCACACAGGCAAGAUCUACUCGGUCUCCGGACCCGUCGUCGUUGCCGAGGACAUGGCCGGUGUUGCCAUGUAUGAGUUGGUGAACGUGGGCCACGACAACCUCGUCGGAGAAGUCAUUCGGAUCAGUGGCGACCAGGCGACCAUUCAGGUGUACGAAGAAACAGCCGGCGUUACUGUUGGCGACCCUGUCGUGCGAACUGGCAAGCCCCUCUCUGUCGAGCUCGGCCCCGGCCUUCUGAACAACAUCUACGACGGUAUCCAACGGCCCCUCGAGAAGAUCUCGGAAAUGUCCAAGAGCAUCUACAUCCCCCGAGGCAUCGUUGCCCCUGCCCUCGACCGCCAGAAGAAGUGGGACUUUACUCCCACCAUGAAGGUCGGCGAUCACAUCUCAGGCGGCGAUGUGUGGGGGACGGUCUACGAGAACUCUUUCAUUUCUGUACACAAAGUCCUACUCCCUCCCAGGGCCCGUGGCACCAUCACCAGGAUUGCCGACAAGGGCAGCUACACCGUCGUGGACAAGAUCCUCGAGGUCGAGUUCGACGGCAAGAAGACCGAAUAUGGCAUGAUGCAGACCUGGCCCGUGCGAGUACCGCGCCCGACGACCGAGAAGCACUCGGCCGACCAGCCCUUCAUUGUCGGCCAGCGCGUUCUCGACGCCCUCUUCCCCUCUGUUCAGGGCGGCACCGUCGCCAUCCCUGGCGCUUUCGGCUGCGGCAAGACCGUCAUUAGCCAGUCUGUCUCCAAGUUCUCCAACAGUGAUGUCAUCGUCUACGUUGGGUGCGGCGAGCGCGGCAAUGAAAUGGCUGAAGUCUUGAAGGAUUUCCCCGAGCUCACCAUCGAGGUCGAGGGCCGCAAGGAGCCCAUCAUGAAGCGCACCACUCUCAUCGCCAACACAUCCAACAUGCCCGUCGCUGCCCGUGAAGCAUCUAUCUACACCGGUAUUACAGUUGCCGAAUACUUCCGCGACCAAGGCAUGAACGUGGCCAUGAUGGCCGACUCGUCUUCCCGUUGGGCCGAAGCCCUGAGAGAACUCUCGGGUCGUCUGGGUGAAAUGCCCGCGGAUCAAGGUUUCCCGGCCUACCUCGGCGCCAAACUUGCCUCUUUCUACGAGCGCGCCGGCAAGGUCCAGACUCUCGGCAGCCCCGCCCGCCAGGGCAGCGUGAGCAUCGUCGGCGCCGUGUCCCCGCCCGGUGGUGAUUUCUCCGAUCCCGUCACCGCCUCUACGCUCAGUAUCGUGCAGGUCUUCUGGGGCUUGGACAAGAAGCUCGCGCAGCGCAAGCACUUCCCGUCCAUCAACACGUCGCUCAGCUACAGCAAGUACAGCAUGAUCCUCGACAAGUGGUACGAGAAGGAGUACCCCGACUUCCCCCGCCUGCGCGACCGCAUCCGCCAGCUGCUGUCAGACAGCGAGGAGCUCGACCAGGUGGUGCAGCUGGUCGGCAAGUCGGCCCUCUCGGACCCGGACAAGAUCACCCUGGACAUGGCGACGCUGCUCAAGGAGGAUUUCCUGCAGCAGAACGGCUACUCGGACUACGACCAGUUCUGCCCCAUCUGGAAGACCGAGUGGAUGAUGAAGCUCAUGAUGGGCUUCCACGACGAGGCCCAGAAGGCCAUCGCCCAGGGCCUGAGCUGGUCCAAGGUGCGCGACGCCACCCAGGAGCUGCAGGCCCAGCUGCGCAGCCUCAAGUUCGAGGUGCCCAGCGAUGGACAGGACGUCAUCUGCAAGAAGUACGAGGCGAUACAGCAGGCCAUGCUGGACAAGUUCGCCGCUGUUGUGGAUGAGUAAAGAUAGUAGGCUAGUCAGAGUAUAGUACAGUGUUUUGUAGGGGAGACGGGGGAUCUGGAUCUGGAUGCGUGCUGUGCAUAGCGUGUCUUGUCUGGCGGUUUGUUUGUGGUGGCAAUGAAUUCAAAUUGUUUGUUGUCUUCUCGGCUUUCCUUCACUGGGCCCGGCUGGAACCGUCCGCACACUCGGAAUGGGAUCAAUACAUAGAGCUUCACAGGCAUCUCCCGCUUGUGAAUAGGUAGGGGAAUGUUUCCUACGGUUGGUUGGUUAGUUGGUUGGCUUAUGCGAUGAAUCGACCAUGAUAUAUCAUCCCA